AUGCUUAGGUAUGCAAGUAAACUAAAUAAAAAGUUGAUUUAUAAAUUACAUGUACAAAAUGACAAAAUUAUAGAUAUGCCAAUGUUUCUUGUGGACUACUUAUAUCUUAGAAGCACAAAGGAGUUGAUUAUUUUGCUAAGUAAUGCUAUCUCGUUCAAUAGAACAAAAUUUUUGGAAAAUUAUAAGGGAGUAUUAUUAAAGGAUAAAGAAAUUGCUGAACAUUGUUUUGAUGCACCAUAUGAUGGCAAAAACAUCUCACAGGGAGCAGUAAAAAAUGGAAUUAAUGUCAGGAGUUCCAUUGUAGGGAAUAGAACAUAUUCUAAUUAUGAAUUAUUCGACCAUAAGUCCAAAUGUAAAAAUAACCAUAGUAACCAUGAGGUGAUGGAACCGCUGACAAAACAUCACCAAAUGAAAAAGGAUUCGAUUUUUAAAAAUGUGAAAAUGUCACCAUGUAGCAGAGUGAAUUGUUACAAAUACAACAAUGAAGAGUAUGAUCAGAUAAUCAUUUAUUUAUCGGAAAAUUACAACGAUACAGAGGAGUACAGUAUGGAUAGUUUGCAAAUUUUUGAAGUAGACCACCACAUGGAUCAUGAAAAUGACGAGAACUGUGUCUUCAAUUACAAAGUUAACAAAAAAGAAAGGGAACAAAACGAUAAUAAAGAGAAAAAUACAGUAAUUGAAUAUUCACCAGUUGAACAUUCACCAGUUGAACAUUCACCAGUUGAACAUUCACCAGUUGAACAUUCACCAGUUGAACAUUCACCAGUUGAACAUUCACCAAUUGAGCAUUCACCAAUUGAGCAUUCACCAAUUGAACAUUCACCAAACGAAUAUUCACCAAACGAAUAUUCACUAAUUGGAUACAUGCCAAAUGACUUUUUUUUUCAAUCCCUUAAAAACAGAAUUAUAUCACUCAAAGAUUACCUUUCCUAUAAUGAUCUCUUUGCAUUUAUUUAUCAUUUUAGUCAAAUGAAAGAUAUAUCCAUUUUGAAAAUGCUAGGAGAACAGUAUAUACAUAAGAAAGAGAAAGAAAAAGAUAAAAAAAAUAAUUACAAACAUGUAGUACACUUACUAAAUAUAUAUCUCAAAUUAAAUUACAAAAAUAUGAAUGCUUAUCAUAUUAUUCAAGGUUUAGUGCAAAAUAUAUAUUUAAAUGUUUUGACAAAUGAUUUGAAAUUAUCCGCGUUAGGUUUCACAUGCUUAUCUAAGUUGCACUUAUAUAACAUGCUAUUUUAUGAUUACGCAGAAAUUUUUUUGAAAAACAUAAAUCAAUGUUCUCAUUUGCACUGUUCUAUGGUACUUCACUGUCUCGGAUAUUUCAAGCAUUAUUGGAUUAUGAAAAGGAAGGAGUUAUUUGAAAGCGUGAGGUUUGUUAAAAAUUCAUCCUCUUCUGGUAAAGAAACCAUUAGUAGAAGAACCCUCGAGAGUGACAAUAAUACGGUUUUUGAAGAAAAAAUGGACAGAGCUUAUGACAUAAAAAUAAAUUCCUUCGCCCUGCAGCUUAGAAGACAAAAUAUGGCUCUGAUAAACGAACUGGAAAGCAAAAUUAUUCACAGAUUAGUCAACAUGGAUCUAGAGUGUAUUUCGGAAAAAUCGAUAAGCAGCAUAUUUCAUUUUUAUUUUUUGUCAAAAAGGGAUAUCUUAAAUGAUGUAAUAGAUAGCAGUGGUAGACGCGAGAAUGUUGAUAAUCUUUUAUUUGGCAAACUUGUCCACAUUUUAAUAAAAAACAAAAUGAAUUUUGAUAAACCCAGGAGACUUCUCAUGUGCUGUUACACCUUGAUUAUACACAAUUAUUUCUCGAAUAUACACAUUGCUUCUUAUUUUGUAAUGCAGUGCGCUAAAUUGAUAAAGUGGCUUAAAGAAAAAAUAUAUAUAGACAAUUUACUAUUCGUUUUGUCAGGUUUUAGACAGAAUCAGAUGAUAUUUUAUCAGAACAGGAAGAAUAGGAAAAACAAUUUUAGAAUAUAUUUUGACAAAAAGAAAAAUAAAUUGUGUAAUUUUAAAAUUGAAAAUAAGUAUAUAGACAUGUUGGAGAAAUGUGAAUAUGAGAUAAAUAUUCUCGAAAAAGGAUCCGUAGAAGAGCCUGUUAGUUGUAGAUCAGCUAUUUUGUAUAUUUUUAAUGAAAUAACUAACUUAAAUUACGAGCUAAAUAAAGAUCAAAUUCUUCUCUAUUUGGAGUUAUUUUCUAGUUUUGAUAUAAAAUUAAGUACUGAUAUUAAGCAGAAGUUAUUUCAUCUAAUUAUGAAUUCUUCUGUUCAUAUGAUCUCUUCUAUUCAUUUGAUAUUUCAGCUAGUCACUAAGAUUUAUGGAAUUUCGAGUAGUUACAUGAAGACAAUAGCAUUGCAUUUUUUAGAAAAAAUGGACUAUGGGUUGUGUAAAUUGUACAAAUUAGCAAAAAAUAAUCAGAACGGAUUUUUUAAUUAUAUAAAAUAUGGUUAUGACAACCCUAAUACAUCACAAUUGCAAACUUAUCUGUGUGAUAUAGACAAAAUAGCUAUUAUUCUUUUCAUAUUCGAUCAAAUAGAUAUACAUAAUAAAGAAUUUAUAGUAAAUAUUUCAAAUCUAAUGUAUGCAAAUAAUUUCAUGAUUCUAACAUACAAAAAAAGUAACUUUAAUUCCUUUGUAUAUAUGCUUCACUAUAUUGGAAGUUUACCUCUCGAAAUGGAUGUGCAUAAAAAAUUGACAGAUUUUAUUUUUACAAGUAUAGAAGCGUAUAUAAAUUUAUCUUACAAGAAAUAUGUACAAAAUGAAGAAAAGAACUUAUCAUCCCAGAAAAAUGAUAAAUUGGAGGAAUCUGGAACCAGGAGAAGAAAGAACACUUCGGAGGAACAUUCAAAUAGCCAUUCACUUCAAAUGAACAGUACAUAUCCAAGUGAUGAUAGUAUACCAGAUGUUUAUUGCAGCACAGAUGAAGGUCCCUUUUUUAAUGAAGUGGAUCAUGCGUUUAUGAAAGGAAAAAUAUAUGUCAAAGAUUUGAUCCUUUUGUUGGACUCGAUUCGAAUUUGCAAAGCAUACAAUUUCGUUUCGCUUCUUUCCUGUGUAACGAACAUGAUAAACAUGGACGGGAUAAAGACACUGUCAGAUGAAGACGUUGAAUUAGUGAACUAUAUUUAUAUCGACAUGGGUCUAAUGAACAAGUGCGUGAUGGACGAGGCCAGGGGACAAACCAUAGGAAUGAAUUCAUAA